GAUCCCCUAAGGGCAGGCCGCGGGGACUGCGGGUGGGUGGGGAAUCUGCGGACCCGGUCCUGGGUAGGACAGAGCUUGCAGAAGGGCUAAGGCACUUAGAGCCACCCGCGGGAGGGGGGAGUCCGUGGCACACCGGUGCUAGCCUGACACGUCUCUACCAGGCCCUUCCAUGCAAGUCCCCAUUUGACAGAUGGGAAAAUUGAGGUUCAGAGAGGCCAAAUGAUUCUCAAGGUCACCCGGCUAGGAAGCGAAUGGCUCUGAGGAGAAGUCCUCGGGAGGACUUCCUAAUGUGGGGGAGUUUGUGGUAGGGCAAAGUCCCUUUCCUCGGGGCAAGGCUCUGGCAAGGUCCGGGGUGUGAGGAACCCCGGGCCCUGAGGCUGUGUGUCCUGGAGCAUGAUUGAAGGGGGAGGGGCGGCGAAAUGGGUGUGUGCGCAACCACGGGGGUAUGUGCAUGUGUGUGGGAGUGCACAUGGGUGGAGAUGCACACUGUCUUUGCGUGUGUGCACACGUGUACAGAUGUCAGAGCUACUGUGGCUGAGGGAUCAGAGGCUGGGCUCGUUCAAGUGAACAGAAGGUCUGGGAGGAGAACUGCGUGCAGGUUUGGAUUCUGGAGUAAAGGACCUGGGACAAGGGUAGGGUUCGAGCCCCGUGGGAGGCUUUCGGACCGUAGCUCGGGCCCAGCCCACCGGCACCGGCGGCCAUGGCGAGCACUCUGGACUUGGACAAGGGUUGCACGGUAGAGGAGCUGCUCAGAGGCUGCAUCGAAGCCUUUGAUGACUCCGGAAAGGUGCGAGAUCCGCAGCUAGUGCGCAUGUUUCUCAUGAUGCACCCCUGGUACAUACCUUCCUCUCAGCUGGCCGGGAAACUGCUCCACUUCUAUCAGCAAUCCCGGAAGGACAACUCCAAUUCUCUACAGGUGAAAACGUGUCACCUGGUCAGGUGAGUCUGGGUCCUGGCCCCUCCUCUUGCUGCCUUUCUCAAG